AUGGCUUUGGACAUCUCCAUCCAGCUGACCACAACGGCAGAAUGGCUCUUCGAAACGUACGAGGGAGGAAAUCUCUCCACCGAGAUCGAGUCCAACCUUACCCAAAACACCAGCAAGCCCUCCAACCAGCCCGAUGUUGACAUGAGCGGCAGUGUCUUCCUCCCUUUCAUCUAUUUCGUGGUGUGUGUGGUGGGCCUCAGCGGGAACACGCUGGUCAUCUAUGUGAUCCUCCGCUACGCCAAAAUGAAGACGGUGACCAACAUCUACAUCCUCAACUUGGCCAUAGCGGACGAGCUCUUCAUGGUGGCGCUGCCCUUCUUCGCCACCCAGGCGGCCCUGGCCCACUGGCCCUUUGGCCAGGCUGCCUGCAGGGUGCUCAUGACACUGGACGGCAUCAACCAGUUCACCAGCAUCUUCUGCCUGACCGUGAUGAGCAUUGACCGCUACCUGGCCGUGGUUCACCCCAUCAAGUCCUCCAAGUGGCGCAAGCCGCGCCUGGCCAAGCUGGUGAACGGGGCGGUGUGGUUCAUCUCCCUGCUGGUCAUUCUGCCCAUCAUGAUCUACUCGGCUGUACAGACCCGGAAUGGCAGGAGCAGCUGCACUAUCACCUGGCCCAGCCAGAACCCCUCCUGGUACACAGCCUUUAGCAUCUACACCUUCGCUCUGGGCUUCUUCCUGCCCCUGACCAUCAUCUGCCUCUGCUACCUCAUGAUCAUUAUCAAGGUGAAAGCCUCAGGGAUCCGCGUGGGAUCCUCCAAGCGCAAGAAAUCCGAGAAGAAAGUCACCCGCAUGGUCUCCAUCGUGGUAGCGGUCUUUGUGUUCUGCUGGCUGCCUUUCUACAUCUUCAACUUCCUGCCCCUGGCCGUGGACGUCAAGCCCACCCUGGCCAUGAAAGGCUUCUACGAGUUCGUGGUCAUUCUCUCCUACGCCAACAGCUGCGCCAACCCCAUCCUCUACGCCUUUCUGUCCGACAACUUCAAGAAGAGUUUUCAGAACGUGCUGUGCCUGAAGGCGGUGAGCGGCCUGGACGAGGCGGACCGCACCGACAGCCACCAGGACAAGUCCAGGCUGCACGAUGUCACCGAGACUCAGAGGACUUUACUCAAUGGCGAUGACCUCCAAACCAGUAUUUAA